AUGGCGACUGACGUGCCGUACCGGCCCUCGACGGAGGCUCCGCACAUGCGCUCGAUGAAGGUCGUCAAUAUCCAGCCCGAGCCGCUCGACCUGGAGAAGUCGGCGGCGCCAGCGCUGGAGCCGUCGAUCGAAGCGGCCCUGAGCGGCGUGGCGGGGCGCAGCGGCAACAGCUCCCCGGUCCGCAGCAUCAGCCCGGACAAGAAGAGCCGGCGGUACGAGCAGAUCCGCUCCCAGCUCGCCCCGAAGCGCAUGCAAGUCGGGCAGCCCACCGUGCGCGUCGCCAACCGCAUCUCCGAAGCAUCGGGGUCGGGGCCCGCGUCGGCGGGUCCCAUCGCGCGGAACAAGACCAUCUUCGCGGACUACCGCCCCGAGGGCGAGAACCUCCUCGGGAAGGACCGCGCGCAGGCCUCGACCGCCCUGCAAGUUCCUACCAAUCUCUUUGCCCAGACGAGCGCCGCGGGGGACCGCGAGGGGGGCAGCAACGCGGGCGGCGCCGGGGAGAGCACCACCAUCCGGUGGAAGGCGCGGGGCGUGUGCGUGAAGGAGGUCCGCGAGCUCCCGCCGGAAUUCCAGGCCGGCGUGAACGCGUCGAUUCCGCUCCUGACGUCGUCGCUGGUGCUAGAUGCCGACCCUGACGCGGGCGCCGACCGCCCCGCGUGGAACAAGUCGACGCAGUCCGAGCUGUACCCCGACCCGCUGAAGCCGCCCGCGAAGAACGAGGCGCAGCGCGUGCGGUACGGGCGGUGGUACAUGCCGCCGGACAAGUGGGAGGCCGAGCCCGCGAAGCGGCGCUCGGUGUGGGACGAUUCGCUGAUCAGCCUGAACCACCGCAUGCAGCAGCAGUCGCUCGUGAAGCUCGACCGCGACCAGCGGCUCAUGGCCGAGAUGCUCGGCGUCAAGGUGGCGGACAUUGACUUCGAGAUGUCGCGGCUCGUGGCGCGCGAGCAGCAGGCGCGGAAGAACCUCCGAGGGCUAUACUCCUCCAAAGCCUACCGAGAGUACCUACAGGAGACGGGGCAGCCGGUUCCGGCGUACCUCGAGGGCGUAGACACCACGGACGGGAACGCGAUGGCGCCGCCGCGGACGGGGCAGACGCGGCCCCCGCCGUCGCGGAGCGGGUCGGUGCUGGACUCCUCCCGGCGCUUGUGA